AUAAACUGAAGAUACAUUUCAGAUUCUGUUCAUUUUCUUUUCUUCACACAGGAGAAAAUGGAAAAUCAAUCUUCGGUCUCUGAAUUUCUGCUCCUUGAAUUCUCAGCAAUCCCGGAACUGCAGAUUUUACACUUCAUCUUAUUCCUCAUCUUUUACCUUACAACUGUAUCCGGGAACCUUCUCAUCUUCUCAGCAGUAGCUUUUGAUCAUCGUCUUCACACCCCCCUGUACUUUUUUCUGAUGAAUUUGGCCAUUCAAGACCUGGGCUCGGUUUCAGUCAUUAUCCCUAAAUAUUUGAUCAAUUUAUUCACAAAUGAUAGACAUAUUUCCUAUACUGGAUGUGUGGCUCAAGUCCUCUUGUUUCUUUUCUUUGCAGGAUCUGAUCUUGCCCUCCUAACUGUUAUGGCAUAUGAUCGCUAUGUUGCUAUCUGCAAUCCAUUGCAAUAUGAAAGGGUAAUGAACAGGAGAGCCUGCAAACAAAUGGCUCUUGGUGCAUGGUUUGCCGCUCUUCUCAAUGCCAUAUUACACACUAGUGGCACUUUUAGUACCCCUUUGUGCUCUAAUGUUGUCAAUCAAUUCUUCUGUGAAUUCCCACAGAUAGUUAGGCUUGCCUGCUCUGACUUAUAUCAAUUUGAAAUGGGAACUACUGUGUUUAGUAUUGUCAUUUGGUUUGGCUGUUUUAUCUACAUUAUUGUCAGCUAUGUGGAAAUCCUCACUGCUGUUCUGAAAAUGCCUUCUGUUCUGGGGAGGAAAAAGGCCUUUUCUACUUGUGUACCCCAUCUCACUGUUGUCUCUAUGUUUUCGGUGACUGGAUGUCUUGCUUACCUGAAGCCCACCUCAAGAACACCUUCCAGUUUGGAUUUGGUAGUGACUAUAAUGUAUUCUGUUUUUACGCCCAUGCUGAAUCCUUUGAUUUACAGUAUGAGAAACAAGGAGAUCAAGGUUGCCCUAUCAAGACUUUUAAGUCUGAAGUCAUCAUCUGACAAAUCUUUCUCUACUGGUCUUCCUUAA